AUGAGCACUGGUUCAGCUUUAUCCUCUCUAAACCACCCACAAAGAGUUCGAUUAUUGUACAAAACCAUCCUCCGGUUACACCGCGCAUUACCCCAAGAAUUGGCGGAAUUAGGAAACAAAUAUGUGAAGGAGGAAUUUCGUCGUCAUAAAAACUGUGCGCCCGAAUUUAUUCGACCUUUCAUGCUUGAAUGGAGUAACUACGCGUUGGAGCUGUCUAAACAAAUUCGUGAUGCUCCUCGAGUUGCCAGUACUAAUCCGGACCCAAAUUCCACAGAAUUCGGUCGACCUCUGGAUCCAUCUAUUUUUGACCAAUUUUCCGAGUCGCAACUUCAACAACUGCUCACAUUAGCCGAGGAAAUACAUUUGCGUACUGGAUGUCCUGAGAAAGCAGACAGUUGA